AAUCGAUGAAUUGUUAAUAAAGAAUACAGAAAUUUUAUCUCAUUUGGAGUAAACAUUUAGGAAGAAGAAUCUCCUGGAGAUAUGGAUGAUCAACCUCUUCAUUUCAGCUCAACUAAGAAAUCUUGUCCUGCUGCAUCAGAAGGUCAGCAGAAAUCAACAGAAGGAGAGAAACAAACACCUGUUGUCGGAAAGUCUUCUUUACCACUUAAAAAGAGAAAAUUUGAAUCAACAAGUGCAACAUCAGAUAGUGCUUCCGGGUUGAUUCAUGAAUCUUUACUUACAGGGCCAAACAAAAAUGUGGAAAAUGUUUCAAAAGAAGACAGUGUUCUGACAAAAGAUCUCUCGGCGAGUUCAGGAGAAAAAAGUCAUGGAGCUUCUGGCAGCUCAUCUAUUAUAACGGCUCAAAAGGAACACAAAUUAACUCAACAUUCAAGCAGCGAUGAUACGGCCAGAAAAGAGGAUACGAUCGAACUUUCAAAGAGCGCUGGUGCAAGCGAAAAUAGUGAUUUUUCAGAUCAAGAAUCUUCUUCAGAUUCUGAUCACGGCCGACCCUACAGCUGCAAUCAUUGUAAUAAAAGUUUUGAUCAGCCAUUUGCUCCUGCAUGUCACUUUCGUAUUGAUGGAAAGUAUUUCAUAUGUAAAUACUGCGAAAGAAGGUAUCACCAAUUUCCAGACUUAAUAAAACACAUUCAGAAGCACGCUGGAAAAGGAGGAACGCCUUUUAGUUGUCCAGACUGCAGCAAAGGUUUAUGUAGAAAAGUUAAUUUGAACAAGCAUUUGACUAUUCACAGACCGAACAAGAAAGAUUCGGGUAAGCAUACGAUGAUUCACGGAAACAGCCCAAAGACAGACAUGGAAAAGCAUGAGAUUAUUCAUGGAGAUAGUCAGAGCAAAGUAGGCCUGGAAAAACAAAUGACGAUCCAUGGAAACAGCCCAAAUAAAGUAGACCUGGAAACGAAAAAGAUGAUCCAUGAAACUUGCCAGCGCGAAGCAAGCCAGGGAAAGCAUAUGACAAUCCAAGAAAACAGCUCGAACAAGCCGGGCAUGGAAAAGCAUAAGAUAAUCCAUGGAAAUAGUCCGUGCAAAGUAAACCUAGGAAAACGUGUGAAGAUCCAAAGAAAGAGCCCAAAUAAGCUUGACUUGGUAAAGCAGAGGGUGAUGCACGUAAAGAGGAAAAGUAAACUUAAUCUGGAAAAGCAUAGGAUGAUACAUGGAACCAGCCCAAAUAAGGAAGCCCUGGGAAAGCAUAAAAUUAUGCAAGGAAAUAUCCCGAAAAAAGUAAACGUGGAAAAGCAUAUGACGAUCCACAGUAACAGCCCGAGCAAGGUAAAUCUGAAAAAGAAAAAGGCAGUACAUAAAAAUAGCCCAAAGAAAGUAGACUCGAAAAAGGUCACGAUGAUCGGAGGAAAUAAUCCGCAAAAGAUAGACUCUGAAAAUAGCCCGAAUGAAGCAGAUUUGGAAAAACAUAGCAUGAUUCUUGGAAAUAGUCCAGACAAAAUAUAUCUGGGACUGCCUAUAACAAUCCAACAAAAAGCCCAAAAAAAAGUGAAUUUGGAAACGCAUGUGACGAUCCACAGUAACAGUCCGAGCAAGGUAAAUCAGGAAAAGGAAAAGACAAUACAUUUAAAUACCUUAAAGAAAGUAGACUCGAAAAAGGUCACGAUGAUAGGAGGAAAAAACCCGCAAAAGAUAGACUCUGAAAAUAGCCGGAAUGAAGCAGACUUGGAAAAACAAAGCAUGGUUAUUGAAAAUAGUCCAAACAAAAUAUAUCUGGGACUGCCUAUAACAAUCCAACAAAAAGCCCGAAAAAAAGUGAAUUUGGAAGCUUAUGUGACGACACAUGAAAAUAACCCGCACGACAUAAAGAAGAAUGAAUGACGAUUCACAGAUCAAGCACGAACAGACAUAAAAUAACAUAUAAUAGUUUAUUACUGCGAGAAACUAAAAAUUACUUUGAAAAACUAGUUUAUUUUACAAAUGUAUGACUUUAAGAGAUUGUAU